GGUAGGGGCACCCGUCUGCGCAUGCGUACAAUUAACUCAAGCGACCAGAGUCGCGUCUCACUCUAGUUAGCACCGGCUAGGCUAAUUCGCCUCGUCCUCCGAAGCGGACCGCUUCCAAAAUGUUGUCUCUCCGCGCUUGGCGACGAGGAGAGCGGGGCGGCCUCCGAGCGGAGGGCUUGACAGCGCCGCGUUGUUGACGUCGUCUCCCCGCUCCCCUCCCCCACCAGCGCCGCCACGCUCAAACUGGAGUUAUUAUGCUCUCGCGAAAGAAGAGUAAAAGCGAGUCGUCGAAGCCGGCCGAGGUCCACGGGAAGUAUGUGAAGAAAGAGACGUCGCCGCUCCUCCGAAAUCUUAUGCCCUCGUUCAUUCGUCAUGGCCCCACCAUGCCCCGCCGCGCCGAUGUGCCAAUGCCCGACAUGGGGCCCUCUGCCUAUGCGGCGGCCCCCGGCCGAGAGCCAAACUUGUCCCGCAGCAAGAGCUUCCUCCGCGCCGCUGUGCCGCGUCCACCGCACGAGGCGGCCCGCCGCGAGAGCCAUCGCUUGUCUGCGCCGUCGUACCUGCCGCGCAGCCUUGGCGAUCUGCCGCACGAAUACGCCGGCUCCCUGCAGUCUUUCUUGACAGACGGAGGCCCCGUGUCGGAGAAUGGCGACGCCGGGCGCUACUACUUCCACCCCCAGGAAGCUUCCUACUACGAGGGUAGGCAACAGCAGCCCCGGAGGAUGCCGGAACGCUUCCCGGAUGAGUACCACUACUACGAGCAUGGAGAACAUAGUUUCCAAAGACAUCCGCGGCAACACACGCCCCCCACACCCAGCAGACCCCCCUCCGGCAUAGGUCGAAUCCAGGCCAAAUCGCUGGGGAACCUCUCCAGCCUGACUGCAGAGGACCUGCCCCUCCCCACCGGCUGGACCGUGGACUGGACCAUCCGCGGCAGGAAGUACUAUAUCGACCAUAACACCAACACGACGCACUGGAGCCACCCGCUGGAGCGCGAGGGGCUCCCGCCGGGCUGGGAGAAGGUGGAGUCGGCCGAGUUCGGCGUCUACUUUGUGGACCACAUCAACAAAAGGGCACAGUAUCGGCACCCCUGCGCUCCCAGUGUGCCCCGCUACGACCAGCCGCCGCCUCUGCCGCCUCCGCCUAUUACCUAUCAGCCGCGGCCCGCCGAGAGGAACCAGCCGGUGCUGGUGCCGGCAAACCCCUACCACACCGCUGAGAUCCCGGACUGGCUGCAGGUCUACGCCCGUGCCCCCCUCAAGUAUGACCACAUCCUGAAGUGGGAGCUCUUUCAGCUGGCCGACCUGGACACGUACCAGGGCAUGCUGAAGCUGCUCUUCAUGAAAGAACUGGAGCACAUCGUCAAGUCGUACGAGGCGUACCGCCAGGCGCUGCUCUCCGAGGUUGAGGCCCGCAAACAGCGGCAGCAGUGGUACGCCCAGCAGUCACCGGGCAAAAGCUUCAUGUGACCAAAACACGCCACCCUCCGUGCCCGUCUUCACCUCGCGUGCCUUUGCCUCUUGAUCCAAAUAUUUAAAAAAAAAAAAAAAAAAAAAAACUCUGGAAACACUCCGAUGAAGAAGCUACCACGUAGGAGGACUGGCAAAACAACGUUGUGCCUCUUUAAACAGUGAACCAAAACUCAGCAUUUGCAACACGGACAUGCAGGAAGACCCUUUUUUGGCUCUUUUUUGCCCCACUUUUUUCUUUUUUAUAAAGACAAUCGACCAAAACUUGGGCAAUAUUUAAGUGUCGAUAAGAAACCCGUCUUUAUUACAAAUAAGCAUCACCUCGGGAAGAUAAUAAGCUACUGGAACUUUUGGAAAACUUUUUCAUGCAAAAGACUUUGGGGAAUUUUUUUUUUUUUUUUUUUUUUGUCAGGACGCUAACUGUUACGCCUUUUUUUUUUUUUUGUUUGUUUUUUAUAUCCCGAAAUGUCUCAAAGCCAUACGUUGCUGGUGGAACAGUACACUUUGCUACCAGCAAGAAAUUUUUGAAAUAUCAUAUUUUAAUAUAUUUUUAUCUGAAAACGUGUAUGCAGGUUCUGCCCAUUCCUGUGGGGAUUUAGUCUGAUUUUGUACGAAAAGGCAACAAGCUGUAAUUAGUAGAUAGUGGAAGAAGUAUCGAUCUUAAUGAAUUAGGAUUUGAUAGGAAGCUAAAUUUCAGUAGUUCAGUUCAAAAAAAGUCAAGGUUCACUACACACGUGGUGGAAUAUUUAACUAGUAUAUUUGUGUUGUUCAGAAUUUUGGUGAUUACAGCUUUCUUCUCACAACACCCCCAAAUUCACCAUCUCUCGGAAUUUCAGAGGAAACAAUGAUUUCAUAUGAAGAAUUUGCUUAAGAAUUGGCCUGCUUCUAAUUGUAUACGUUUCACUUUUUCAAUCAAACUACUGAAAUGAAUCAACAUUUCUACCUUAUUCUAAUUCAUUGACAGACGGAUGUUUUUUUUUCCUGUUUUAUGCACAAAGCGGGUUAAUUCUAAGCCGUAUAGAAAAAUUGUGCAUCAGUAACGAUACUUGAGAGCUCAAAGCUGGACAAAAAUUUUUUUGCUUUCAUUUUGGCGAAGUUGCAGCAAAAAAAAGUCAGUCAACAGUUUGAGCUCACCUUAGUAUUGGACUGUGAUUGGUUUACUUAGUGGCGGCCUACUGGCCUGGGCUCUCCGCUUGGCUUCACUUUUCGUACAAUUUCCAAGUAAAUCCUCUCGCAAAGGCAUGAGCAGUUACUGAAUAUCCCAGAAGGAUGUUUGAGACUCUGAUAUGACGACAUUUUGUGCGUUUUGCCACAAAAUAACACUACUACAGCAAGAGUCCCAUUAGAGUCGCACUGCGGGUUAUGUAGAACCUGGCGAAAUAAAAAUUUCAAGUCUGCUUUCUACCAUG